UUGAGAGCUAGGGAUUCAGCUAGGAGCACCAUCAUCAGUGCAAAGGGAUAACAAGGAAUAAAUAGACGAGGAAUCGACACGAACAUGAAGAAGACCCGUCUUUUAACGCUGCAUUUACUUCUCACUGUAGUUCUUUUAGCUCAGUUGACGUCAGGAGAGGUGAGAGAGAAAGCCCACCAAAAGAGCUGCAGUAGCGGCAGUCGGGGAGAAUCUUGUGGUACAGAAGAAAGGAAAACCAGAUACGAGAAGGAGAGCCAAAAGAAAUAUAUGGAUGAUGAUAUGAUGAUGAUGAGGAUGAUGAUGAAUCAAGUGAUGAAGAGGACGAUUACAACGGCGACGAUGACACCGAAAUUGAUGAGCUGUCGGUAGCAGACGGAGAUGGCGUCGACACUCGAGGUUCUACGAAGAAAACGGAGGCGCAAGAAAAGCGGACUAAGGAUAGUACUAGAGCCGAUGGAAAGAGUUCGGAGGGAAAGAAGAACAGGGAAGCGAAAGGAAAGCAUCAGAAAGCUCCCAAGGAUGCCACAAAUACAGGCCAUGACAAAUCAGCCUCCAAGGAAAACAAGAAUAGGAAUGACAAAAGCCGGCAUAUGAAAGGCGACAAAGCAAAGACGACGGGUGACAGUGAGACAAAAAAGGGCGAAAGGAAAGAAGGGAUUGGCAAGAAGGGAUAUGAUCCAAAGAAUCCCUCUAUGAAAUCAGGGGAGACAUCAAGAACGGAGCGAGAUGUAGGCAACAAAGGUAAGAGCGGGGAACGGGCUGACAUAGGAAAACCGAAGAAAAAAGGAGGAAAAUAUACAGGAAAUGAUGAAGGUUCUCCUGAAACAGUAGCUGAAGCUGAUGAGAACGUAGAUGGCUCAACUGAUGAUGCCAGCUUAAGAGAAGACCGUGCUGGAAAACGGAAGUAUGCCUGUAAUCUACGAAAGGAAUCAAAACUAUCCGGAUCCAGUGAAACUGACGUAGAAGGAAACCCCGUAGAAUGUACAGGGGAAGCCGAUGAAGUUGUCAAUGCAGAUGAAAGUAGAAAUAGUAUUCCUGAGGCAUCCGAUGCUACAGAGACAACUGACAAAAGAGACCAAGAUACAAAUAAUGACAUUCACGGAGCGGGCUCUGACAGUGAUGACUAUGCCGGCAGUGAAAUGAGUUCCUCAGAGUCUACCACAGCAACCCCCGGAAGCUAUGAGCCACCCCCUUUCCCGCAAGUGACACCAGAAUUUGAUUCUUCAACUGGGAAAAGUGACGUGAAUGAAGACGCAACUGACACAGAGAGCUUGGAAAGCCACUUAUCAGCUGGUAGAAAAGUGGAGGUUGAUAUCACCGAUGAACAAAACGAAGAAGUCAUUCAUGAUAGUAACAUGGAUAACCUGGAAGACUCUAAGAAUCUGCUCAAUAUAAUGAAAACUCAGCGGAGGCCGAGGGAAAUAUACAAGAAGCCGAUGAUUCGGAAAAUGAAGAAACGGAACCAGAGCUUUUAGUUCAGGAAAAUCCAGAUACACUGGAUACAGAAGAUGCUUUUGGAUUAGACCAUGGGAAAAAGUAAGUAAUAUUCGUGAGUGAUAUAUAUAUAUA